AUGAUACCAUCUAAGUUAUUCAAAGCUGUCGUGCAUGAUGCUGAUGUCAUCGUUCCAAAUGUUGUUGAUUCCAUCAAAACUGUUGAAAUCGUUGAAGGAAAUGGUGGUCCUGGAACCGUCAAGAAGAUCACUUUCGUCGAAGGAGGACAAACCUUGUAUGUGUUGCACAAAGUUGAAGCCAUUGAUGAUGCAAAGUUUGAAUAUAAUUACACUAUAGUUGGAGGUUUCGGUAUAUCGGACAUAGUUGAGAAGAUAUCAUUUGAGGCCAAAUUGGUUGAAGUUGAGGAAGGCAAGGCUAAGGGAGAUGCUCUUUUCAAAGCCAUUGAAGGUUAUGUUUUGGCAAAUCCUAAUUACAAUUGA